GUCAAGCUCUUCAAUCAGCUUCUCCUUCUUCAUGUUCUUGAAUCUCGUUUUGACAUUCUCUGCCGAAGGAGUUGAAUGGGAGGACAUGACAGCUAGAAGGCAGCUUGGGGAUGAAGCAUCUUGCAGAACAGGCAACCCCAUUGAUGAUUGUUGGAGAUGUGACCCAAACUGGGAAUCUAACAGGAAAAUGUUAGCUGAUUGUGCACUUGGGUUCGGGCGCAACGCAGUGGGAGGUAGAGACGGGGAAAUUUAUGUAGUUACUGUUUCAGGAAACGACGAUCCUAUAAAUCCGAAUCCGGGUACUCUCCGGUAUGCGGCACUCCAAGAAGAGCCUCUUUGGAUAAUCUUUGAUCAUGAUAUGGCGAUCAGCUUGAAGGAAGAGCUUGUGAUAAACUCAUACAAGACCAUUGAUGGGAGAGGGUUCAAUAUCCAAAUUGCAAAUGGACCUUGCUUAGCAAUUUACAAUGUGAGUAACAUAAUUGUGCAUAACGUUUACAUUCAUGACUGUAUACCAGCUGGGAAUGCUCUGGUGAGGGACAAACCAAACCACUACGGAUUACGGGGGCGAUCCGACGGGGAUGGAAUCUCGAUCACCGGAUCCAGAGAUGUGUGGAUUGAUCACUGUACAUUAGCUAACUGCAACGAUGGACUCAUUGAUGCUGUGUAUGGCUCCACUGCCAUUACCAUCUCAAACAAUUACAUGUUUCAUCAUAAUGAAGUGAUGCUUAUGGGGCACAGUGAUGACUUUGUUGAUGACAAGAAUAUGCAGGUCACAAUUGCCUUCAACAUUUUUGGGGAAGGUUUGGUUCAAAGAAUGCCAAGGUGCAGGCAUGGUUAUUUUCACAUUGUGAACAAUAUAUACAGUGGUUGGGAGAUGUAUGCAAUUGGAGGAAGUGCCAGUCCAACAAUUAACAGCCAAGGAAAUGUCUUCUUAGCAUCAAACAACACAUUUACAAAGGAGGUGACAAAGCAUGAAUCAGAAGAUGAGGAAGAGUGGAAGAAAUGGAAUUGGAGAUCAGAUGGAGAUCUAAUGCUCAAUGGAGCUUUCUUUACACCUUCUGGAGAAGAAUCUCCAGCAAGCUACAUGAAAGCUUCAAGCAUGGUGGCUAGACCAGCUUCAUUUUUGACCAAAUACUCUCCAUCUGCAGGGGCCAUGAAUUGCCAGAAAGGCCACCAUUGCUAAUCAAAAUUGAUUGCUGCCCAGCUACUCAAAAUGUUCUUUUAGUGUAAUUUAAGGCUUCUCUCUCAACUUUAA